GCCUAGCUUAGCCUUUGCUGCAUUAAUCUCUUUCCAGUGAAAAGGAAAAGUUAUUUUUUCUUUUCUGAUGACGUUGACGUAAACCACUCCCUGCCAGCGUGUUGACGUCAGGGGGCGUAACCAAACAAAGGACAGAGGGGACUCCACAAUGGGAGACAGUUUCCGCGAGCAGCUGAUAGAGGACAGCGCCUUCCUCAAAGCUGACCGCAGACUGGACACGGAGCUGGUGGACAAACUCAUUCUGCAGCUCAACAGGAUCUACCCGCAGAUCCUCACAGACAAAGAGGCCACCAGAUUCCGAAACUUGGACGUGCCCACUAGUAUUCGACUGGGCGAGCUCCUGACGAAUCUGCAGGGGAAAGGCGAGGAAGCAUGCAGGGAGUUUUACAGGGCUCUCCACCUGCAUGUCGAGGAGGUUUACUACAGUUUGCCCACACGGCUUCGCCUGAGAGAUUCCUUGGAUCCACUUGCACAUCCACGUGUCUACCAACAGAGACAUGUUCUGAACGACAGAGGUCCGUUCUUCUUUCUGGGCUGUUUCAGUGUUGCAGUGGGAAUGGCGUUACUCUAUUACUACAGUGAAGCUAAAGUGUCGGGAGGUAGUCGGGCCCUCGGGAUGGCUGCUCUGGGUCUGAAAAGAAAAGCUCAGGAGGUUCUUAUUUGGUACACUGAAGAAAGCUUCAUGAAUUAGGGGGUAAUUUCUUCACACCAGGUGCUUCAGCACUACUGCUCUAAUUAAUACUAUUCAUGCCAAAGCACAGCACACUAUAUCUUCUCAAGGGUUCAAUACUAAUUUUAUAUGGUUUUAUAUAUUUGCUAUAUUUGUCACUUUGCUCCUCUUCUUUCUUAUGCUUCUGUUGGUUUAAAUAGGUUAAAGGAAUGAAUAUGCUCAAUUUAAAUCAGGAACAAGAGGAUUAAUAAUUUAUUGUUAUUGCCAGCUUCAAAUGUGGUGGUUUUUAAAACGGACUGUAUUGGUAACAAAAUGACACUAGAAGGUACAUUAUUGGCCAUUAUAGAACAUUUUAUGUCACAACAAAAUAUAAGCCUUUAGUUAAUCAAAUCAAGUUAAUAUAAGCCUUUAGUUAAUCAGUACUUUCAGGUGUUGUGACUCAGAUCAGACCCACUAGACCCACAGGUUAAAUUAUUUUUUGCAGUGUGCUGAACCACAUACAUUUAUUUGGUUCAUGAAGAAUUAUGCUGCCUUCUAUGUUCAGUCCGCACUGAUAUCAUGAAUGCUGAAAUAAUUUCAGUGUCCACCCCGAAUUGAGUCGGACUAGAACAUGACCGCCAUCUUGCGGUCGGAAGAGGAGCUACAGCACCAAACCUACUGUAGUGUGGCUUGUGCUGGUCUAAUAAGAGCUUCUCGAAACUCUGCCGUUCACAUUUAGACAGAAACGACCGAAAAAGACAUUAGUCCCCUGAAUAGCCAGAAAUGAUAUCGAGCGGUGGCUGGGUUUUGACAUUUCAUACGACUUUAUAGUUCGCGUUAAAAUCACGUGAUUACAUUAACCAAUGAUAUCCCGCCCUAACAGCGCAGUGCAUUAUGGGUACUAUUAUGACCAAAAAUGAUCUAAAAUACCCAAACAUCGAUUAAUUUUAAUGGAUGAACCGCAACCACCAAUCAACCCGGUUUAAAGUAACCACAUAAGAGUUAUUUUCUGUAGAUGUAAUAUUUAUGAAACCGAAAGUGCACCAUGAGUGAAACUAACUUGUAUAUUUCCGUAUAUAUAUAGUGACGUCUCGCAGUUUUAUUGGUGUGUUGUAUGAAAGGAGAGAAGGUUAGCACUCCCCUUGACAAGGAUGGAAUUGGCCCCUGUGGCCUGCAACACAUAUACGGUUAAGGCAUUGCCACCUACUUCGUGGCAUCUCUAACCAAGUUUUUUCACCUGUUAAAUAUUAACUAAACUAAACAAAACAUUAAGACUGAGGUUACAACCUGCAUAUUUACUUAUCUCAAACCACUUCCCUUGUUUUCGCUGUGUACUUGAAGACAGGAAGCAUCCGUAAAUAUUUCCCUGUGCCUUUGUUUCCGCUGUUUCAGCCUUUGACUGUGCUGAAUACACGAUGGGUUGCACCAAGUGUUAGAAAAAGUAAACUCAGUUUGCGGGAGAGUAAAGUAUAUUUAAAUGUUAGUAAAUCCCAGCCCCAAUUGUUGAUAGAUACUGCAUCCUAUAUUUUUUUGCUCUAACUGUGCCUUUGUGCUGAGUUAGUUAGUUAGUGAUAAGUCUACUUUAAAUAUAAAGUCCACCAGUAAAUGAACUGACCCCAAAAUGGCUGACAUGUAACAUCUGAUAGUAUGUCUCAGGCUGUUUGUAAACAAGAACAUAACAGUAACUAUCAUGGCGGUGCUUUGACAGAAUGUAUUUCUGUGUGAUAAGGAGGUUGAUUUUCAGGAUUUCAAAAGGCACUAUCAGGAACACCUCUAAACAUUUAUGCAGCUUGUAUUUGUAACACUUUUGUAAUAUUCUAAAAGGAAAUACUGAUGUUUGAUAUAUAUUCUGGUGGUUGUCGGUUGAUGUCUACUCAAUAAGCAGUGCCUGUUAUAUUGUGUGUGUACUUUGUCAUGUAAAAUUGCCUUAAAUUUGGAAGUGCCAUCAUUUUGUAUGAUUGAGAUUUUUGUCUUUGUACAAUGCAAACCAACUUGCGUGAUAAUAAUACACAGGACAAUAAACACAUCUUAUCUUUU